CUGUUUCUGUGAAUUUCAAAUUUUUUGUGGGUUUUCCUUCUUUGGAGGUUGAGUAAAAGGGGGAUUGUUAUCAUCUCUGUAUGCGACGAAGUUUGAAUUCUGAAGAUAUCCUACGCAAGCACAUUAACUUUGAUAUCAGUCUUGGAUUUUCCAGGGGGGGAGGGUAAUGGUGACUCCUGAGAUGAGAUUCAUAUCUGAAUCUGCUGUGAAGAGGAUAAAAUGCUAUCGUGUUCUUGAUGACAAUGGGCAGCCAAUUAUAGGCAGCAGUUCUAAAGAGGUAAGCAAGGAAAUUGCUAUAAAAAUGUACAGGGAUAUGGUCACUCUUCAAAUUAUGGACACCAUUUCCUAUGAAGCUCAGAGGCAAGGAAGGAUCUCUUUCUAUCUUACUUCAAUUGGAGAAGAAGCCAUCAACAUUGCAUCAGCAACUGCACUUAUAAUGGAUGACAUUAUUUUGCCUCAGUAUAGGGAAUCAGGGGUUCUCAUAUCUCGUGGCUUCACUUUGCAAGAAUUCGCGAACCAAUGCUUUGGGAACAAAGCUGAUUAUGGUAAAGGUCGGCAAAUGCCAAUCCAUUAUGGAUCUAACAGGCACAAUUACUUCACUGUAUCAUCCCCAAUUGCUACACAAAUUCCACAGGCAGUGGGUGCUGCUUAUUCUUUGAAAAUGGAUGGAAAAGUUGCAUGUGUGGUCACUUAUUUUGGUGACGGUGCUGCAAGCGAGGGAGAUUUCCAUGCUGCUUUAAAUUUUGCAGCAGUUCUGGAGGCACCAGUUAUUUUUCUGUGUCGCAAUAACGGAUGGGCCAUUAGCACCCCAACAUCAGAGCAGUUUAGAAGUGAUGGUAUUGUGGUUAGAGGUCAGGCUUAUGGCAUGCGUAGCAUCCGUAUAGAUGGAAAUGAUGCCCUUGCUGUCUAUAAUGCAGUUAAAGCAGCUCGUGAAAUGGCCAUAAGUGAACAAAGACCCAUAUUAAUUGAGGCCCUUACCUAUCGAACUGGGCAUCACUCUACAUCCGAUGAUUCCACCAAGUAUCGCCCUGUCAAUGAAAUCGAACACUGGAGAAUGUCAAGAGACCCUGUAACUAAAUUUAAAAAAUGGGUUCAAAGGAAUGGUUGGUGGACUGACAAAGAUGAAUCAGAACUCCGAAGCAGUGUAAGGAAGGAGCUAUUGCAUGCGAUUCAGGUUGCAGAAAAAGUGGAGAAACCUCCACUAGAAGACUUGUUUACCGAUGUUUAUGAUGGUUGCCCAUCAAAUCUCUAUGAGCAAGAAAGAAUGCUCAGAAAGACCAUCAAGAGACAUCCACAAGACUAUCCCCCUGAUGUUCCUGUUUAGACAGCUAUGUGGAAGUAUGAAUGAAUGGAGUCACUCCAUCCGAGAGCAGGAAGUCCUUCAAAUCUAUUUCUCCUAGUACAACUUUAUUAAAUAAGAUGUGUUGUGCCUUGUUUAGGCACUUCGAAGGAAAGAAAGAUAUAAAUUAAAUUAUGAGCAAUGAAAAGCUUAAACAGAACCCAUUGUGAUCUAUCAUGAAUGAAUUCAAUAAAACAUUAGACCACUUAUAAAUCAA